GUUCAGUUCCUAUACAUAACGAUCAUUUCAAUAAGAAUGCGUCAUCACUGUACAAAUUCUCGAAAUUAUAAAUUGUAAAAUGUUGCAUUUGUAUUUGAGUAGAGCAGUUGAUGACCUACGAAAGGAUUGCGUGUCAUUUUGGCUGGUGUUCCACUGUAGCAUUAGGGAAUCCUUAGUUCUUUAGGUCGACCCUCGAAAUGAACGAAACCGUGAACUCGAAGAAGAGGCAAUGUUGAAGAAGAAGUGGCAGUAAAUGUGUCCAUCGAAGAGGGCGGUUUAGGUGGUGUCGUAUUUUCAUUAAUUUUCACCGGGGGUGCAAUGGUAUGUGCGUAAGAUGUUUAUAAUGUGCGACAUGCAUCUCAACACAGAAAAAUGAAAGAAAGUGUGUGCAUUCAGUGUUUAUCUUCUGGCCGUGAACAGUUGACGCAGACUAGUUAUUUUCAAAUGUUAUUGGCUGUUAUCAAAUUUCUUUUGAGCGUAUGAAAUUUAUGCCAGUUUCAAAGAUCCUAAUUUCAAGGUUUCUGUAUAGUUUGGCACCUCCUGAUUCGUUGUGUUGAGGAUGGCAUGGCGUGUGAAGCAAAACCUUCGGUUUUCGCGUAUUCAAUGCGAGUGGAGUGGUUGGGUCUCGACGGACAAACUCAGAUUAACAAUUCUAUCCGAGUGGAAUGGAGGGGUGUCGAUUUUAGCGACCACCGAGCUGUGUGUGAAGUCGAAGAAACCACCCCUAUAGUAGGAGAGGGCAGAAUAUUGAGUUUAACCCCUCUGAGUGACUCGUUUGCCCACACUGCAAGAUGUUUUUUGCAUCUGUUGGUGUUGGCUGCACUGAUAUGUGUAUUAGGACGUGGUGCUGGGUUCCGUGUGCUCAAAGUUCCCUUUGGCCCACACAGUUGGGAAGUAGAUCCUAUAAUUUGCGAUUGGAAAGUCUCUGAUCCUCCUUCCACUCCAAAUGUGCGUCCACGGCGUUCUGUUUCUGCCGGCGCAGUUCUUCAAGGGUGCGUCGAAAGAAACAGGAAGCUUGUACACUGCCGUCGAGACAUUGAGACUGGUGAAGUUGUCUUAUCAGAACCUCGUAACACAUUUUCAAACUACCCCGCUGAAGGAGAGGAAGAGGAAAUUUUGGGAUCAGAUGACGAUGAACAGGAGGACCCUCGUGAUUACUGUAGAGGGGGAUAUCAUCCUGUAAAAAUUGGCGAUCUGUUCCACAAUCGAUACCAUGUGGUCCGAAAGCUUGGCUGGGGUCAUUUUUCUACAGUCUGGCUGUGCUGGGACUUGAUGGCCAAACGUUUUGUAGCUCUCAAAGUGGUAAAGAGUGCUGCCCAUUACACUGAGACAGCCCUGGAUGAAAUCAAAUUGCUCAAAUGUGUACGAGAAAGUGAUGUAGAGGACCAGAAACGAGACAAGACUGUUCAAUUGUUGGAUGACUUCAAAAUCAGUGGAGUAAAUGGAACCCACGUAUGCAUGGUCUUUGAAGUGUUGGGUCAUAACCUCCUUAAAUUGAUUAUUCGCAGCAACUACCGGGGUAUUCCAUUGAAAAAUGUGAAAGUCAUCGUAAGACAGGUGUUGGAGGGGCUAGAUUAUCUUCACAGAAAAUGUAACAUUAUUCAUACUGACAUAAAGCCAGAAAAUAUCCUUUUAUGUGUGGAGGAAAGUUAUGUUCGUAAAUUGGCAUCUGAAGCCACUCAGUGGCAGAAAAUGGGAAUAAAACUACCUGGAUCUCUAGUAAGCACAGCUCCAAAGGAGUAUCAGGCUCCUGAUCUUAACGCCAAAAUGUCCAAGAAUAAGAAGAAGAGAUUAAAGAAAAAAGCUAAACGCCAGGCUGAGCUACUAGAAAAGCAAAUCCAGCAACUUGAAGAAUUGGAGGAACUACCAAACAAUUCUGCAACCCACGAGGAAACUGGUGAUCUGGAAACUGAGGUGGAUGGUGAUGGAGACGCAGAUGCAGCGGAAGAUCCAGAUUGUGAUGUUGGGAAUGAAGGACCAAGUACUGGAGAAUGUGAAGGUGUAAAGGUUACAGCACCCACAUCUGCACCUCUACCCCGGAUACCAGCGCAUCAUUGCAUAACUGCAUUGGAACCAACUGCUGACCAUGCCAGCCUUGAACUGCCUACCACCUCCAAGACAGGCUCAAUAAGUGCGUCAAUACUGGAUACCAAAAUUCAACAACAGGAUUCUGUUGCUGAUAUUAGUCCUCUACUCAAUGGUGAUAAGACAGUAAAGCCUAAAAGUACACUAGAGAACAGAAAGAGUUUUGCAGAAAUGGAACAUGCAGAAGUGAAACCAGCUGAUAUACACACACUGCUAGAGAUCCCAGACUCAGACUCCAAUAAUGUAUUCUGCAAUGGGCAUAAUUUAUCAACAGCUGCGAGUGAGAGCGACCGGGACCAACGUGCACCUCUGGGACGUAGCGAGAGUCAAGCAAUCUCAAGCAUCAGGGAAUCUUCUCAAGAGUGUGAUGUUGACAGAGGAAAACCAUUCCGUCGCGUGGCAUCAUGUCCAGAUGCCAAGCAGUUGGUGAACCAACCAGAUCCAGUUCAUGACGUAUGUGAUAUUAAAGUGAAGAUAGCAGACCUUGGAAAUGCAUGUUGGUCGUAUCACCAUUUUACAGAAGAUAUCCAGACACGACAGUACCGUUGUUUGGAAGUACUGUUGGGUGCUGGAUAUGGAACACCAGCUGACAUCUGGAGUACUGCCUGCAUGGCAUUUGAGUUAGCCACUGGGGAUUACUUGUUUGAGCCUCAUUCGGGAGAAGAAUAUUCCCGUGAUGAGGACCACUUGGCACACAUCAUUGAACUACUUGGAAAUAUCCCCAGGCAUAUAAUGUUCUCUGGAAAAUAUUCCCGUGAAUUCUUCAAUAAGAAAGGAGAACUUAGACACAUUACCAAACUGAAACCAUGGGGCUUGCUGGAAGUUCUGACGGAAAAGUACGACUGGAACCGUGUGGAGGCUGAAGCGUUCGCAAAUUUCCUCACGCCUAUGUUGGCAUUCGAUCCCAACAUGCGCGCCACUGCAGGAGAGUGCUUGCAGCAUCCCUGGCUGAACUUGUGAGGUCAAAACAUAAGCCCUCACCAGUAUUUCCUAUACUUGCUGGUUCAGUAUGGUCCUCAGCUAAGUUAUCAGAUCUGUCCUCUGGCCUGUGAAGUAGAGUCUAUAAUUCCAGAGAAAGAACUCUUCAUUUUAGCAUCUUCCAUUGCCAAUGGAGAUGUUGACAGUAAUGGAGACCAUUCUGAAGUCUCAUGAGAAGAUAUCGAAGAUCUGAUAUGUGGCUAAAGAUUUGAUGUGUUCUCAAGUUUGUGGGUCAACAGUGAAAAUAGAGACUUCUCCAUUCCUUGGUACAGAGUCAUGUUAUAUAAAUGUAAUAUUUUUGUAGAGAGUAUAAUCCUGUAACUGGAAAUACAAGAAUACAAUUUACUCAUAUGAAAUAAGGGCAUAAAAGAAAAAAAAUGAACACGAUGCAUUGGUACCAACUUGUGAUAUCUAGGUUGACAUUAUGUCUUGGUGAUGAAAUAGCUUUUGCGUUCCAUGCAGCUUGCUGAGUUAGCAGAAUUUGGUAUAUGCAACAGACAGGGUACAUAAUAUUAGUGGUGGCUUUGGUUACAGUGUGUAUGUUCCGUGUACCACGUUUUUCCUACUGGAAUCAUAAAUGUACCGUUUAGCUGAGCAGGACAAUCAGGUCAGUAUUAUGUAACAAGGACCAAAGUACACUUGAAAUUAGCUGAAAUAAAUAAUGAAUUGGUUUCAAGUUUUCUAUGCUGUAAGUUUACACCUUUAUCUAAAAUAACAAUGAUAGUUUUUACAAAUGUGUUAGAAGUGAUUGCUACUGUUAAUAGUGUCCCACUUGAAUUUAUGAAAGGUUAUGUAGUGGUGUUGGGCUCCAUAUUUCAAGAUGAACUGGACUGCAGAUCAUAUCAUGAGAACAACUGGCAACUGAUGAUAUUUUAUGCACUUAUGUUAUACCAGAGUUUAUUUGCAAAUUUAUUGAUUUUAAUAUUAAUUUUCUAGAAGUGCCUCGCACUCCUGUCAUGAAAGGGCUGUACUGGAUUGGAAAAUGCUGUGUUUGAAAAGGUGUGCAGGCCACUGUUUCAAAUUCUUAGUUUUUUAUAUCCUCAGUCACAAAUUCAACGUCUGCAUGUGGUUUUAAAGUGGUAUUUCUUCAGAAAUUUCUGUAUUAGAAGGUCCCUUCAGAUUCUCAAUUAUUGUAUCUUCAGUCACACGUGCUUUAGUAUGUCUCUGUGAUUUUGGAGUGGAACUUCCUUCAGAAACUUCUCUGUUUGAAAGUUCUUCAAAUUCUUCACAAUUUGUGUGUUGCUGCUUUCAAUCACGGAUGUUUCUGAUCUGGAAAUAUCCUUGCUGUGUGGAACUUGUGAAUUCUUACUUAUCUGCAUAUUAGUUCAUCAGUAUACAUCAUUGAAAUUGUACUAUAAUACAUUACAAGCACAAAUUUGGAAAAAAAUAAUGAUUUAUGAAAGGAAAUGACAGAAAUUAUGAUGGAAUGGUGAGGAAGAAAAAGGAAACAGUGUAACAAUAAUAGUUUCACAGCAUUUAAUCAAUAAAAUACUGAGUGUACAGAACACAGAAAAGAGCGAUAACCACACAGACUGGUCUUGUAACUUGUAUUCAGAAGAUGUUUGUUUGAAAUCUUGGCGAAGUCAUUGGCUAUCCUGAGGUUCUUUGUGGUUUUCUUCAGUCUCUCCAGGGAAAUGGCAGUAUAGUACCCAGGUAGGCUAUGACUCUUUCCUUCCAAAUUCUCAGAAUUUGUCAUCUGUCAUACAAUUUUACAUUAUAUAGUUUGCAAUACUGAAAGCAUCAUAAAAUAAACCAUUGAGGAAAACAGUAGAAUGAUGAAAAAAAUCAGUUUUUGUUGGGGAAGCGAUAGAUGAUGUUGAGAUAGUGUGCCCCAAGCAGCUCUAAUGAAGACAGAAAAGCUUAGCAGAUGUGAUGUAGAGGGAUACAGGUACAAUUAUAGGGGAUUGCAGUGCUCAGAUAGAACAGGACAGUAUGCGGGGAGUUAAGUGAAGGCAGCAAAGGUAAUGAAGGAAGAGAUCAUUAGACAUGGAUGUGUCAAGAGGCUGGAGAUAAUGGAUGGACUGAAAAGUCAGUAAGUCUUAAACUGACAAGAUAUACACAAAAUUACUGGGUUUUUGGACU